AUUGAACUUAAAAAAACAACUCAACAAAAAAGAAAAGAAAAGAAAUUCACAAGUUCCGACCAUUAUUUUGGAUUUCAUUCAUUCAUUCAAUUGACUGUUACUCUGUAACACCAUCUCCUCUCUCUUUCUCUCUCUAAAAUUCGCACCUCUUUCUCUCUCUAGGGUUUCAUCAUCCAUAUAUUAUCUCUCUCCUAUUUCUCCAAGUUCAGAAAUGGAAGCCACACGAACCGCGUUAAACUUAACGGCAACUGUUCUUCCAUCAUCUUCCCGUUUGUCUAAGCCGUCAAUGUUCGCCGGUAGAUCCACCGUUGCACUUCUCCGUUCCGAUUUACCGUUCUCCUGUAAGGUGCACUCUUCUGUACCUAUCCCCAAGCAAGGCCAUGGGAGGAAACUUUCUGUUGGAAGUAGAAGGGGCUUUGUAGUUAGAGCUGCAUCAUCGUCUGCAGAGUCAUCUGGAUCACGUUCUAAUAUUGCCCCACUAAAGCUUGAGUCUCCGGUCGGGCAGUUUCUCUCUCAGAUAUUAGUAAGUCACCCACAUCUCAUGUCUGCUGCAGUAGAGCGGCAGCUAGAGCAAUUCCAAACUGAUCGUGAUGGUGAUGAACACAAGGAAAAACCUUCUGCUUCAGGAACUGACUUAGUUUUGUACAGAAGAAUUGCUGAGGUUAAGGCUAAAGAGAGGAGAAAAGCUAUAGAAGACAUAUUGUACACAUUAGUAGUGCAGAAAUUUAUGGAUGCUGAUAUUUCUUUAAUACCCUCCAUAACGACUCAUCCGUCAGGUCAAGUUGAUUCAUGGCCAAGCGAAGAUGAAAAACUUGAGAAGAUUCAUUCGCCUGAAGCCUAUGAGAUGAUCCAAAGCCACCUGGCUCUCCUUCUCGGUAACCGAUCAGGGGAUUCAACAUCUGUAGCUCAGAUCAGCAAACUCAGGGUAGGACAGGUCUAUGCAGCAUCAGUAAUGUAUGGAUACUUUCUUAAACGUGUUGUCCAAAGGUUCCAGCUGGAGAAGACGAUAAAAAUUCUACCUGAUGAAAAUACCAUUAGCCGAACUGUGGAAAAUGAAUCAAGAAUGGCCGGUGUUGAGGUUCCGUCUCAAGUUAUGUCCCACCCUGAAGUCCCUGCUUGGCUUGACAGUGGAAUCCGUUCGGGUGCAUUUGGUCACGAGAUAACAGUGUCUAGGUUGCGCUCCUAUAUGAUGUCGUUUGACGUCGAGACAUUACAGAGAUAUGCAACAAUUAGAUCUAAAGAGGCCAUCGGCAUCAUUGAGAAUCACACAGAAGCAUUGUUUGGUAGACCAGAAAUUGUUAUAACACCAGAGGGGAAAGUCAAUUCUUCAAAAGAUGAAAUCAUCAAAAUUAGCAUUGGUGGUUUGAAAAGACUUGUUUUAGAAGCUGUUACUUUUGGUUCUUUUCUUUGGGAUGUGGAGAGCUAUGUUGACUCAAGGUACCAUUUUUUCCUAAAAUGAGUUCUAAUCAUUCCAUGCAACAUUUCAAGGGUACUGAGUUCUGACCAAUUCGUUUGAAGUCCAAAUACUUUCACUGAUUGGUGUUGUAUAUAGGUGAUUUGGCUUUCACCGAGAAUGAAAAGUUGUUUACAAAGUCAGAUAUUUGCUUAUUUAUUUGUUUAGAUUUUGUUAUUCACAUCAAAUCCUUACAAACAAAUUGAUUGCUCUCUGUCACUGGUUAAUGCUGUAAUUCAUUGCAUUCACUCUUAGUUUCUUUUAUUUGAUGCAUUUGAAAUAAUGUACAGAAAUUGGUUAUAACUUAUAAAUUUGUGUCACACUAA